AUGCGGGCCGUCGUGGCGGCCGCGGCGUGUGCUGUCCUCGUGGCGGACGCCAAGGACUGGGCGACUGACCUGAAGCGAGCGCGCCAGUGGACCCCGAGGGCGGAGUACCGUGGCUACGGCACGCUCGCGUCAGCAAGCGCCAAGCUGAACAGGCACCUGGUGUUCCUGAUGCCCGCCCAGGGCGUGGACCUAGAACCGGCUGUGGCAGCGGCUUCGCUCUGGGAGUACUCCCUGCAGCCGCAGCACCAGCAGUUCGCGCCCUUGCCGCAGCCGUUCCAGCACCUGCAGCACCAGGCGUACGGCUUACACCAGCAGCCUCCGCAAUCUCUCCACCAGGACUCCCAGCCGCUUGCUUGCUUCCCUCCGACCUACCAGCAGCCGCAUUGCGAGCCGCAGGGCUGGUGCUCACAGCAGCCCUGCCAUCAGCAGACCUUCCAGCAGCAGCCGCUUCAUCCGCAGUCCUUCCACCAGCCCUUCCACGUGGCUGCGCCGCAGCAGCCUUGCCUGCCGCACCUGCAGCCGCCCGCCGCCACGAUGGUCGUGCGGGCAUGCGGUGCUCUGGCGGCCCAGCCGGCGCAGACGGCGCCGCCGGCACCGCUCGACGAGCGCGAGGUGGUGGCGGCCGUCGAGACGCUCUACGCGGACUUGCUGAAGCCGUACGGCCGUAUCCUGCGCAAGCGGCUCGAGGAGCGCGCCGUGGCCGCGGGGAGGCAGGCACACGAGUGCGACGCAUCCGCCCUGAGGGCGAUCUGCGAGUCCUGCUGCGUCCUGCUCGUGGUGGGCGAGGCGGGCGGCGACUGGUCCGUGCUGCUGCGCGACCGCCAGGACUCCUUCGUGGACGUGUACAGCCCAGACGAUGUAUACCCCGCCAGCCUCUGGAGCGCCAUCGGGCGCUAUCUCGAGGGCCCCGAGGGUGCUGCCCUGAAGCUGGCGGGUGGGCGAUACUCCUGCGCACAGGACCUCGUGGCGAGGCGGCUGCCCUUCCUGGCCGGGCUGCCCUUGGGACAGGUCUGCCACCUCGUCCAGCUCGCCAUCUCUCAGAAGAAGCUGCUGGGCUACUUCGACGGCGCCGUGGUGCCGUACUGGCGGUCGCAGUCGAUGCUGAAGCAGAGGUGCGCGGAGCGCGAGUGCGCCAGCGGCACGACCGCCAAGGGGGCCGGCCUCGGCACUUGGGACAUGCUGCGCAGCUUCUUGGAGGGCGCCCUGAGCGACCUCGACUCCGAGGACUUCAUUCCCCUCUCGAACUUCAAGCGCCUCUUCAAGCAGAGGCACGGCACCGAGCUCAGCGAGACCGCCCUGGGCCACGCGAAGCUCUCCGAGCUGCUGCGCGACCCCCGCGUGAGCGACCUGUGCACCGGCCCGGGCGCCGGCGCACCGCCGGGCAGCGCCCCUGCGCGGCGGAGGCCCGCCGCGCUGUCGGACGACGAGGGCGCCAGCCCGAGCGGCGCGCGCUCGCCGUGGCCGCCCAGCGGGCCCGGCGAGGGCCCCGAGGUGGUCUUCCCCCCGACGCCGGAGGGCGAGACGCCGCACUGGCGCGGGGGCCUCGGCCUGAGCCUGCCGCUGCCGACGCUGCUGGCGAGCCGGGCCCGCCUCCCCGCGGCAGCGGCGGCCGCCGAGAAGCCCGAGAAGCCAUCGAUCUGGGACGCGGGGUCCUCCAGCCGCUCGUCGUCGGUGCCCAGGGACAUCCACUGA